AUGAUCAAUACAUGUGAGUCUGAGCAUGGAGUUAUCAUUAGAGCACAGACUCAAUGUACACCUGGAUAUGCCAUAUCAGGAACUGGCAUUGUUUUCUGCUCAAGACAUGCACUGGUGCAGAGGAAUGGGGCAGGUGAUCUUCAGAAAGGAGAAAAAUAUUGCAAUAUUGACUAUCUUAUUUUUUUGGCCCUCGUCGGUGUCACAUUAUCAUGGAUUUUCAUCACAUACAACAUAGGUUGCCAGUGGUCAAAAAAAUUUCAUGCAUGCAUGUUGGACUUCCCAGAACGUAUGUGA